AUGAAUUCCGAUGUGGAUCCUGCGGGUAUCAAUCCUGUGGGUAUCAAUCCUGCGGGUAUCAAUCCUGUGGACAUCGACCCUGUGGACAUCGACCCUGCAGAUGUCGAUUGCCCUGGGGAAGUACCCGAUGAAGUUCCCCCUCGCUGUGACCCCCCCGACAGUGAAACAAAAGACGGUGACGAACACGAAUCAAACGACAGCGCCGAUGCAGAAGGGGUGAUAAGCUUCCUCUCCAAAGUAAGCGAAAAUAUAACCAACCUGUGCAGGAAUGAAGACCAAGUUAGCACCAAAAAAAAGGAGAGUGAAAAAAUGAAGAAAGAACUCAAAAGGGUAUUAAAGUUCAUCAAAACAAACGAACAAAAACAUAGACAGAAUGAAGAGCAUAUAAAAGAUCUAAAAGAAAAGAUAGAAAAAUAUGCCAUUAAAAAUAAAGAAAUUACAAAGUGCUACGAAGAAAAAAAAAAGAAUAUCCAACUUCUUCAGGGAGAAUCUGACAAACUUCACAACUUAUUUGAUAGCAACCAGAAGAAGGAGGACAAAUGGAAUAUCGAGAGGGAAAACUACUUAGAAGACAUAGAGUCCCUAAAAACUCAUAUAGAAGAAUUAGAAAUAAAGGUCGAAAAAAAGAAUAACGAAAUUGAAGGGCUAAAGAGGGAAAAUGAACACAUCCUGUUAAAAGUUGACAACUUAGAAAAGAACAGCAAAGAAUUAAAAAAUGAAAAUAUCGAAAUGAGUGAAAAUCUCAACGGGGUGAAAAAAGAAAAUGUGAAGAAGAACAUCACGAUAGAUAAUUUGAAGAAAGAAUUGGAGGAGAAAAAAAAACUAGAUGAAGAAUACAACAAGGACAAAUUGCUGAUCGAAAAGAAUACAGAAAUUUUGAUAGAGGAGAGGAACUAUAUCAAUGAAGAGUUGAUAAAAACACAGAAGCUGCUGGAAAAUCAAAUUAACAAAAAUAGAGAUCUGCAAAAUUGUAAGUCGAACCUUCUCGAAAAGGUUGACUUGCUAGAAAAAAAACAAAAAGAUCACUUAAAAAAAAAUGCCGACUUGGAAAAGAAGCUGCAAGACUUGAACAAAAAAAAUAAACUCCUCAUGAAUGAAGCGAAAAUGAAAGAAAACGAAAUUGCCAAUAACACCUCCGUUAUUAACGCCCUCACCAAUGGGAACUCAAAAAUGAAAGUAAAACUAGACCAGGAAUGCUUCAAAAUAAAACUAAUGCAGAAGGAAAACAAAUCGCUAACUAUUAAUGUUAAGUCACUCACGUAUGAAAUUCAGAAUUUACUCAAACUGACAGAAGAAAUAAAAAACAAGUACCAAAAUCAGAAGAAAGAAAUUAAUGACCUCAUUGUAGAGAAGGAACAAACCAAAAAACUUAUUGAAAAAAUAGACGAGGGUAUUAAAAAAAGUACAGAAUCUGCUAAGAAGGACAAAAUGUUUAACAUCAAUCUCGAGAAAGACAUUAAAAAAAGUACAGAAGAAAAAAACAAACUGAAUGAAGAAAUUCAAUCCCUCGUUAAGGAGAAAGAAAAAUUAAUACAAGAGUUAUCAAACACGAGUAGUAAAGUCAUAAACAGUACCAACGAGUUGAUAAAUAAAGACAGCAAAAUUGGGACCUAUCUUAAAAUUAUUAAUUCUUUGAAAAACGAUCUAGCUAAGGAGAAGGCCCUUUAUGAAAAUAUAAAAAGCGAAAAAAUUAAUACCAAUAAGAGUCUCACAGAAAUUAAAGAAAAACUGUCGACUCUGGAAGAGAGACACAAAAUACAGAACAACGAACUAGAACAAAUAAAAAAUGAAAAAAAAAAUAUAGAAGCAAAAAUUGGAGAUUCCAUGGAGGAUAAAAAAAAUGCUAUAAGUCAAUGUGAAAAGCUAAAGGAACAAAUUGAAAAAUUGAAAAGUCAUCAUGAAGAUAGCAAAACGAAGCAACUGCACGACAAAAAAACUAUCGAACAACUAGACUUUGAAAUUAAUGACCUAAAUAACAAAUUAAAAAACUAUGAAAAGAGUGUUAACCAAAACAAGAAGGAGAAAGAUCUUCUAAACAACGAAGUGAAGGAAAAAAAUGAACAUAUAGCAACACUCAAGGAAAAGCUCAAGCUGCUGCAAAUCUCUCAUGAUAAACUAGACGUCGAUAGUAAAAACCAUCUACAAGAAAUUAAAAACUUGAAUAAAAAAGUUGCCAACUUGAAAUCCUCCUCCGAACUCUCCAAUCUCUCCAAGGAACAGUUAAACAAUACAAAGCUACAAAUUAACUCGCUCAAAAAGGAACUAAUCAAUGAACAAAAUAAAGUCAAAACCUUAUCGGAGGAGUUGGAAAAACCAAUAAAUAUCCACAGGUGGAGAAACAUCGAGGGGAAUGACCCCACUGCCUUCGACUUGAUACAGAAACUUAGAUGUGUACAAAAAAAGUUAAUAGAAAAAACGGAGGAGUCCAUGAAGAAAAAUAGCAUAAUACAGUUGAAGACAAAGGAAUGCGAACAGCUGCAACAGCAGCUGGGCAAUUUGUCCAAGCAACCCGACGUGCAGGAUGUCACUCAAAUACGCAAGAAGCUGCGCGAGAAGGAGACACUCAUCAAGUCGCUCACGGCGGAGAUUUCGAUGUAUCAGGAGGAGACCGAGAAGAAGGCCAAGCGGAGAGGUUAA